AAGUCCCCCGCGGAGCUACCGGCACUCAGAUUCUCCCCGGAUUCUGGGGCUGGGCUCAUGGCGCCCGGAUCCGUCCUACGGCUGCUGUCGUGGGUGCUGGCGCUGACCGGGACCUGGGCGGGCCCCCACUCCCUGCGGUAUUUCUACACCGCCGUGUCCUGGCCCGGCCUCGGGGAGCCUCGAUUCAUCGCCGUCGGCUACGUGGACGACGCUCAGUUCGUGCGCUUCGACAGCGACGCCGCGAACCCCAGGAUGGAGCCGCGGGCGCCGUGGGUGGAGCGGGAGCCGCCCGAGUACUGGGAGCAGGAGACGCGGAACUGCAAGGAGCAAGCACAGAAUGACCGAGUGAACCUACAGACGCUGCUCCUCUAUUACAACCAGAGCUCGGAAGUUUCUCACACCCUCCAGAACAUGUAUGGCUGCGACGUGAGCGCAGAAGGCCUUCUCCUCCGGGGAUACGAUCAGUACGCCUACCAUGGCCAGGACUACAUCGCCCUGAACGAGGACUUGAGCUCCUGGACCGCGGCCGACAUGGCGGCUCAGAUCACCAGGCGCAAGUGGGAGGAG